GCGAGUGCCGGUCUCGCACGUCUGUCCGUUCGCGAUUUUCGCCCGCCGCCGAGAACGUCGCGUGCCUCACACGGUAUUAUAAUAAUAUUACAAUAUUUUUAUCUAUCGCCGUCACAUUAUUUGCGCCGAGCGCUUGAAAACGACGCUCGUCGGUCUUUAUUUCGUGCGCGCGCGCGUGUGUGUGUAUGUGUAUUUUUAUUUUUUUGUUUUUUUUUCCGAGAGAAAAUUUUCUUGUCCUCGUCCGGCAAAACUGAAAUCGUUUCGCGAGUGUGCGUGUGCGUUUUUGUUCAGUUCGGUGUUUUCGCACUGCACAGUUAUUCACUGCGGGACCUACGGAGAUCUGCAGCACGCCGUCAUGACGACUUCGCCGCGCUCCGGACUUUGAGAAAGAUAUUUCAGUCGAUGACACGUCAUUUUAUUAUUCCAUGAAAAAUAAUGGCUCUCAUACCGUAGUUUAUAUUUUGAACUUUACGUGAUUAUACACGGGAAAAUAACUAAACAACGACAUUAACGAUUCGCAAUUUAUUCGUUAAAAUUCCAAUUCAAUCAAACAACGGUUUAUAAACACAGUAAUCACCAUCAUGGUUUUGAGGCACGGAUUCUGCCGCCAGUGUUCUGACAUGCUGUUCGUCGUCUGCACAAUUACUAUCGUCAUUACAGAUGUAUCAGAAUGCCUGUUGAGCAAAUCAAAUAAACAUCAAAAUAAUUUGGGUGAAUUCUCAGGGAAACCUGAUCUACCAUACUUCGACAAGGCCGCGUCAAUAAAUGUGACGUCCCCUUUGGGAAAAACGGCCUAUCUCAACUGCAGAGUCAAAAAUCUUGCCAACAGAACUGUAUCUUGGGUCAGACACCGGGACAUUCACCUGCUUACCGUCGGCCGAUACACGUACACUGGCGACCAGCGUUUCCGGUCAAUCAACCAGCCGCCAAGCGAAGACUGGACUCUCCAGAUCAAGUACCCGCAGAUCAGAGACUCGGGUAUCUACGAAUGUCAGAUAUCCACCACGCCACACAUUAGCCAAUACAUUCAUCUCCAAGUCGUCGAACCUCGUACUGACAUUAUUGGAGGGCCGGAAAUAUUCAUUGAUCGAGGAAGUACUAUUAACCUGACAUGUGUUGUACUACAUAGCCCGGAACCGCCGUCUUACAUAUUUUGGAAUCAUAAUAAUGCUAUAAUCAGUUACGAUUCGCCCAGAGGAGGCGUGAAUGUUGUCACUGAAAAAGGAACAGUCACCACAAGUCAUCUACUCAUACAAGAAGCCCGGGUCGAAGACAAUGGCCGAUAUCAGUGCAACCCGUCCAACUCACAACCAAAGUCCAUCAACGUACACGUGUUGAACGGAGAGUACCCGGCGGCGAUGCAACACGGCGGCCAAGCGCAUCAAAGGACCACUCACAUGUACUGUUUGAUAUUUUUCGCGUGCAUGCUAUUGCACGUGUAAGCCAGCGACGUCAACAGGAACGCAAACGUAACACGAUGUGAUCGUAGCUCCGCCGCGCCGAAAGGUCCGAGUGUCGUCUUCACCUCCACUUCGAUCCAUUGGAUCCGUUUCGGUCCUGAUCUAUUUUUGUUAAUAUUAUGUUUUGUAUAAAUCAGCUCUGCACACACGCGUGGACUUGCGGACGCGAACCACCCUUUGGCGGCGAUCUCCUGUACCCACACACACGUAUACGGGUUGUGAUGGGCGAAAACAAAUGCGUUUCGAGUGCGUGCGUGGUUGUGGUUGGUUGUGUGUGUAUGUGUAUGUGUUUUUUUUUUUUUUAUUUUACGUUAUCGAUAUGAUAUGGACAAAAAAUAUAAUCCUCUCCCUCUCCCCCAUCAAGAGUAGUAGGAAUUUAAAAAAAAUUAUGUAUAACCCACUGCGUUUGACGACGGAUUUAUCGAGUGAGAAGACAGAAAACGAAAAAAAAUAAAAUGUAAUGUUGUUAUUUUAACGACGACUUACGCCAGCCGCAUUGCGACAAAAGCGCUAUUACGUGUACAAUAUGUAUAUGAGUGUGUGUGUAUAAUAUUACGAUUUACGACGAAGGGGGACAUGGACGAACCUGUUUUCACCUUGUCCGUGGCGGGUGACAAGGUGAACUCCGUCAAACGUGGAAAUUCAACGGUUCAAUGAUUGUGGAAACUCCCCUUCCCCUACCGAACCGUUAAGAAUAAAUAUAAAAUAAUCCGUACCACACACACACCCACACCUUCAACCACGCACACACACACACACACACACACCGCAUCGUGUCAAGUGAGGCGUACGUUUAACUUUUAUUACACGCUGUCGCCGUUCAAACUUCUGGCGGCGUUAAAUACCUACCUAUCAUAAUCCACCGAAAUUAUAAAAAUAUUAGUUUUACCGCUCUUCUACAUAAUACGCUCACGACGACGCGACGUCCGCAUUAUGAGUUCCGCGACAAGCCGCAACAAUGAUUAAACUCCAAAACACUCCUCGACGUAAACCUUCCGAGACGAGAAUUUUUCCAAGAUAUUCUUCCGCGCCGUUUCACUUUUACCAACGUGUCUACAUAAUAUAUAUUAUGACGUGACUCGAACUCCAUCGAUCGUCGGUCUCCUCCGUUGCGCGUUAAAAAUAAUGUAACUAAUUUUGUAAAAUAUGUUAUUAUCUACCGUAAUUUUAUAGAACAACGUAUGUACACUAGAGUUUCGUACUUAACGAGUCGUUAUAGUCUGUUUGUGAAUAAUUGUCAAUGGUUUUUUUUUUUUUUUUUUUUUUUUUAUCAGAAUAAUUAAAAAUCAAUCGAUUUUAUCCAUCAGAGUUUAAUAAUAUUAUAAAUAAUGUAUUAUAAUAUAUUUAUAUCCCAUUUGAUAGACUUGCACACUAUUUUUAGGCGACUUUAAUAUAGGUACUGAACGAUAUAAUCAUUAACCUAUUUACUGAUUUAUUUAAUACCAUUUUGGGUAUGUAUAUGACGCGAAAUCGCGAUUAAUUAUGUGUAGAAUACAAAUAUUAUUAUAAUAUAAUAGUAUGUACAAUUUAAACAUUAUCCAUUUAGGCAUUAGAAAAAU